UGACCUUGCAAUGUACUAUUGAAUAAAAUAAAUAAAUGCAAGAAGAGAGGGAAUUAUCACUGUUACCAAGAAAACAACUUCCUCUAAACAGGUCUCUAUAUAUAUAAACUUUAACACCUAAAGAAUUAACACAGAUCAAGAAAAAAUCCUCAAAACAAAAGUUAAAGCAGACAUGAAGCAACAGCAACGUUACUUGGUCGUCUUCAUCGUCCUUUUAAGCUUUCUUCUGUUUGUGAAUCUGAGUGAAGGAAGAACAGGAGGAGUUGCAGAAGAAUAUUGGAAGAAGAUGAUGAAGAAUGAACCGUUGCCUGAACCAAUCAAAGAGCUUCUCAACAAUCCUUUUAGGACCGCACAAGAGAGAUUCAUCCAGAAUUUCGACACCAAAUCUGUUGUCAUCAUCUACCACAAUCCUAAUGAAUAAUCAAUGAAGUCUCUCAUAUAGAUAUCUAUGACUUUAAUUUGUGUUUAUGUAUGGAUCGACUUAUACGUGCACGUAUAUGUUAUUAAUUAAGAAAAGAAAAAGCUGCUUGAGUUGUUGUGUUAUACACGUAUACUAAAUAUGUUCUGUUUAGUGCAGAAAUGUUAACCCUAGCUAUAAGGGAUUUUUUGUUCUUUUUUUUUUGUUACCAUUAAUGUGAGUGAGUGAGUUUUGUGUGAUGAAAAUUAGAUUUGCUUCACAUUUUGUUUUGAUAUAUAUAAAUCAAUAUACUGUGCCUU